UACAAGGGGCGGGGGUGUCGGGCUCGACCUUCCGACGGCCCACAAGUCGCGACGUUGAAUAUGCUCGUGUUGUCUUGCUUCCACAAAUUUGGCUGCGUCUCCGAGUGUGGCGUCUGACCUCGCCGUCAACUCUGCCCCGAUCUGAAGAUUCGACCUCGCUUUGGCCUUUCAGAGGGAUUGCUUUAAAUACGGCAGACUCGCCAUGUGGUUGCUCAAAGUUUCAUAUCCCUUCUCGUACCUUUGUCGACGAAACUUUACCCUCUGACGCCUCUGUCUCCCUGGAUACUCCACCUCGUCACCUUUCACAGCAUGGACGCCAACUUCAAACCACUCUUCAGCACUGGCCGUCUUGCAAACAGCCUUCUACCCGCAAGAUUGACGGCGGAGAAUCUGAACAUGGCCCAUGGCAUCUAUGAGCAAAACGUGGGUCUGCAAGUCACCAGAGAGGACGCUCGUCGCGAACCCAAAAUCCAAACACUGUCGAUGAAUUUGGAACGUUGCAUGGCCAAAAGCACCGGUGCCGGGAUCAGUGCUGGCACCACAACCACAACGUUCGUCGCCAGCUCACAGGGCAAGGACUAUGUCGAUAGACAGGCACCGCCAGAGCUGGUGAUGAGCAUGGAAUCCCGACUGGACAUAUCAAAGUUGGACGAGGUAGACGUUCCCUCGGGCAUGCAUUGGACGUUGCGGGAAGAAAACGAGCCAGCAAAACCGGAUGGACCGAUCAAAGCUGGAGACCCAAAGCAGGGAUAGUAUUCAGGCAAGGGCUCAGGUGCGGACAGAGCCGUCGGUACCAUCAGAGGGACCAAGUACGAGUAAUGACAGUGUCACAAGGGGGGGGGGGUCGCUUGGACGAUACCAUCGGGCUCGACUUGCCUCGCCGAGGCCAUCUCCCAUCUGCCUUUCGGAGGAAACAAAAAAAAAGCACAAGGGGGAGAAAGGGAACAGGAAAAGAAAAGGAAGGCAGUCUCAAAGGCUGCCAACUGCAUAUAUUUGCCACUUUUCUUGGUGGAACCUAGAAUUCUUAGCGAAUCUCGCCCCAACGCGUGCAGCAUACUUCGAGAGACUUUGUUUCAACACAAUGUCAGGUCAUAGUCAGUAUAACUAAUCAAUAGACUGGUGUGGGAA